GAGGCGUCCUGGGCGCAGGAGCCCGACGGAGAGCGAUCACAAACAUGCUGAAGCCCUGGAGCAAGUGGCGGCGUUUGCAGCGGCGGCAACAGCUGCGGGGAGUCGAUCGCCGUUCCUCCUCCUCCGGCGGCGGCGGCGGCGCGAGCGAGGACGGAGAUCCGCUUCGCCUUCAUGCCUCCAGCCUGGAUGCCCUAACCUGACCCCCUUUCCCCUCUCCGGACAGCCAUGGGAGAUGGAUGGAUCUCCCUUGAUUACAGCAGCUCUCAGAACCGGUCCAACUCCACGGCUCAGCUUGGCCCCAGCAACAGUGGCAACGGCUCCGCUGGCUCCUUCCCCCCUGGCAGCAAGCACCUCCCCACGGAGGAGAUCUCCCAGCAGUGGGUGGUGGGCAUGAGCCUGCUGAUGUCUCUGAUGGUGACCUUUAUCGUGGCCGGCAAUGGGCUUGUGAUUGCGGCCAUCAGCCGGACGCAGCGGCUACAGACCCUCACCAAUGUCUUCAUCACCUCCCUGGCUUGCGCCGACUUGGUCAUGGGCUCGGUGGUAGUGCCCUUCGGGGCCACACUGGUGGUGCGGGACUCAUGGCUGUGGGGCUCCUUCCUGUGUGAGUGCUGGACCUCGGUGGACGUUCUGUGCGUCACGGCCAGCAUCGAGACCCUGUGCGUCAUCGCCAUCGACCGCUACCUGGCCAUCACCUCGCCCUUCCGCUACCAGAGCCUCAUGACGAAGAGGCGGGCCAAGAGCAUCGUCUGCAUCGUCUGGGCCAUUUCGGCCUUGGUGUCCUUCUUGCCCAUCAUGAUGCACUGGUGGAGGGACAAGGGCCCUGAGGCUCUGGAGUGUUACAACGACCCCGGCUGCUGCGACUUCGUCACCAACAGGGCCUACGCCAUCGCUUCCUCCAUCAUCUCCUUCUACAUCCCCCUGUUUGUGAUGAUUUUUGUCUACAUCAGGGUCUACAGAGAAGCAAAGGAGCAAAUGAAGAAAAUCGACAGGUGCGAGGGCAGGUUCUACAACAGUCACCAGCAGCAAGCACAGACAGUCCCACAGCACAUGCCUAUCUUGGGCAACGGCCAAGCCAGUAGAAGGAAAACUUCCCGAAUCAUGGCUCUAAGGGAGCAGAAGGCCCUCAAGACUUUGGGCAUCAUCAUGGGGGUCUUUACUCUCUGCUGGUUACCCUUUUUCUUGGUCAAUGUGGUCAAGGUCUUUAACAGAGGGCUCGUACCAGACCAACUCUUUGUCUUCUUUAACUGGUUGGGCUAUGCCAACUCUGCCUUCAAUCCUAUCAUCUACUGCAGGAGCCCUGACUUUCGUAAGGCCUUCAAGAGGAUGCUAUGCUGCCCUAGGAAAGCAGAUCGUAGGUUGCAUGCCAGUACUGGGGAGCUCUCUCGUUACCCUGGGGGGUUCAUCAGUACUCUAGGGGAUGCUCCUCCGUGCACCCUUGGAGUGACGUGGUCUGAUUAUAAUGGUGGUGCACCAGAUGGUAGUGACUCCAGCUUAGAGGAAAGGAACAGUAAAACCUCCUAUUCAGAAUCCAAGGUAUAAGGGCAGUUGGUGGGGAUGUAUUGAAUACUGUGGAUCAAAAAAGGGACCCACCCUCCCAAAAUAGGCAGGACAAUAAAUCCACCAGGAGACUGGCUAAUAUACAAAAGACCAGACUGACCUGUCUCAAUGGGGAGAAGAUUGUAUUUACUCAAGGUGAACAGCAGGUGAACUUGUAUGCAGCCUAUGUACCUCGUCUGACUCAUCCGAAAUUGAAGCAAACAGAGAGCAACUGACCAUUGAACAAAGGAGAUUAACUACCCAUUUUGCCCGAAACAUUUGGAUUAUUAGUAUAUA